UUGUUUUUUUGAGAAAGCUGUUGGAGAAACGUGUCAUGAUGUUCUCGACGUUUUCUACAUUUUCUCCACUCGGACUACUUAUGUGAGAUAUGUAAUAUCAUAUACAUAGGUUUUAAAUAAUUUAGUUUUUCUGUGGUUGUGCCAGAAAUGUAAUUUAAAGAUACCAUAUGAAUCUAUAACACUUCAAACUUAGGAAGUUUUAAGACACUACCUAUACUAUUUUCAGCGUCAUGGCAGAAAUUCCUUAAAACAAACAAAUGCUUAUACGAGUUAUACAGCUGGGUUAUACCUGUCUGCAGGCAGCACAUGAGCAAAAAUCUAGAGUUUAGACUUUUGGCACUAGCCUGUUCCUAGAGGUUGUUUGAUUGACAGCUGUUUUGAAGGCGUCAGGCUGCUUGGAGAGACGUGAGAAGGAGGUACUCUGUUUUGUAGAUCACAUUUGGAGUUCUUUCACAGGCAGAAAGAAGAGGAGGAGACAGAGCUCAGAGUCCCAAGAAUGUUCCUGUCCCAGCUCAAAGCAUCCCUGAUUGGCUGCCUGGCUCUUUGCUGUGGAACAGCCCACUUCCUCCACAGCCCAGCAGUUGUAUUUUAACCUCUUUGGCCCUGUGCACGCUUUUUCCGCAAACCAUGUGAUUUGUUUGAGCUUGUCUAAGCUUUGCAGCCUUGACAGGGCUCCUUUAUCAGCUUACUUGCCUACUCGUACUGGAAUAGUCCGGAAUGCCGCAGCUGGAUCCAGUGAUAACACUCUGGUUUGGGAGCUGCACGCUGCACAGUUUCCAGUGACAGCAGAGGAGACGGUUGCAGAAAGGAAAGAGGGAGGAGUAACUGUGCAGGCUUUGUUUUCACACAGGACAGUAGCUGGAGAUGUUUGCCGUCGCUGCCUGUGUGCUCCGGCGAGGAGCUUUGAGAUACCGGGACAGCCGGUGCACCAUGGCAACCAUUGUAUCUGGAAACAAGACCUCACAACAGGUGAAGGAGCGACUGAAGAAGGAGGUAGCAGAGAUGAAGAAUCAGUUCUCAGGCUUCAGACCUGGCCUGGUUGUGCUGCAGGUUGGGGACAGAGAUGACUCAAACCUCUACAUCAGCAUGAAGCUCAAGGCAGCGGCUGAGAUUGGAAUCAAUGCGAACCACAUUAGGCUUCCCGAAACAGCCACAGAGGAUGAAGUCCUGCGAAGUAUAGUUGCUGUGAAUGAGAAUCCUGCAGUCCAUGGUCUCAUCGUACAACUACCACUUGACUCCAUCAACCCAAUAAACACAGAGAAAGUAACUAAUGCUGUGGCCCCAGAGAAGGAUGUGGAUGGCCUGACCAGUAUAAAUGCAGGCAAGCUCUCUCGUGGAGACCUGGGCGAUUGUUUCAUCCCAUGCACUCCUAAUGGCUGUAUGGAGCUCAUCAGUCAGACCGGUGUGAGUGUGAUGGGGAAGAAUGCUGUCGUGAUCGGCCGCAGUAAGAUCGUUGGAGCUCCAAUGCACGAUCUGCUCUUAUGGAAUCACGCCACAGUGACCACCUGUCACUCAAAGACCCCUGACCUUGCUGAACAGGUGGGAAGAGCAGACAUCUUGGUUGUGGGUGCUGGCAGAGCUGAGAUGGUGAAAGGAGAGUGGGUGAAGGAGGGGGCGGUGGUCAUAGACUGUGGUAUCAAUCAUAUACCAGAUAGCAGUAAAGCCAGUGGGAAACGGGUGGUAGGGGAUGUUCACUACCCGUCAGCUAAAGAGCGAGCUGGAUUCAUCACUCCAGUGCCUGGCGGAGUCGGACCCAUGACUGUAGCCAUGCUAAUGAAGAAUACAGUAGAAAGUGCAAAGCGUUGUCUGCAGACCUACACUCCAGGAAAAUGGAACAUAGAGUACAAAAAGAAGAAACCCCAUGAGCCUCAGCCAAGCGAUGCUGAAAUCUCAUGGUCAUGCCAAAGCAAACCAAUUGGUGAGCUUGCUAGAGAGGUUGGCUUAUUUUCUGAAGAAGUGGAGCCAUAUGGUAGAAGCAGGGCUAAGAUACAACUGAAUGCUCUGAAACGCAUGGAGAAGCAGCCUGAUGGGAAAUAUGUGGUUGUCACUGGAAUUACUUCUACUCCAUUGGGCGAGGGAAAGCGCACCAUCACUCUCGGACUGGCUCAGGCUUUAGGGGCCCACCUGAAUAUCAACGCUUUUGCUUGCAUACAAGAGCCUUCCCCAGGAUCCUGUUUUGGCACUAGGGGGAUUGUUGUUGGAGGUGGAUACUCUCAGAUUAUUCCAUUGGAGGAGGUCAGCCUUAAGUCUUCAGGCCAAAAUGAGCUCAUCUCUGCAGCCAGUCGAUUGGUGAUGGACGCUAUUAAAGCACAUGCCCACUAUGAGAACAAGCUCUCUGAGAAGGCUUUGUUUGACUUGUUGGUUCCUCUCAGAAAGGGGCAAAGGUCUGUUUCUCCAGCCCAGCUUAAUCGACUGAAGAAACUGGGCAUUGAGAAAUCCGACCCCUUGACCUUCACAGGAACCGAGAUAAGACGUUUUGUCCAAUUGGAAAUUGACCCAGACACAGCAACAGAUUCUGGCUCUUUGGAAAAUGAGAUCAUGGCUAUACUGUCACUCAGCAGCAGUGAGGAGGAGAUGCAGCAGAGGCUGGCCAAGAUAGUAGUGGCUACAAACAAAUCUGGAGAUCCUGUCACCACAGAGGAUUUAGAUGUGAGCGACCUAUUGGCCAUGCUAUUGAAAGAUGCCCUGAAACCUGUCUUGAUGCAAACUGUAGAGGGUACACCGGUGUUUCUUCACACCAGCCCAUUAGUUGAUAUUGCCCAAGGCAGUCCCUCCAUUCUGGCAGACAAACUGGCAUUAAAAAUGGUUGGAUCCAAAGGUUUUGUAGUCACUGAGUCUGGUCAUGGGGCUGACAUUGGCUUGGAGAAGUUCUUCAACAUUAAAUGUCACUACUCAGACCUGCAGCCAGAUGUGGUAGUGAUGGUGGCAACUGUUCGUACCUUGAAGAUGCAUGGCGGUGCCCCCCCUGUCCAUGUAGGUUUGCCCCUUCCAAAAGAAUAUUCACAGGAGAACCUCAAGCAGCUGGAGAGAGGCUGUUGUCACCUGAGGAGACAGGUGGAAAAUGCACAAGCAUUUGGUUUGCCAGUGAUCGUAGCUGUCAACAAAUUCAGCUCUGAUACUGACGCUGAGCUGGAGCUGGUGUGUGGCCAGGCGAGGCAGGCUGGUGCCUUUGAUGCAGUGCAGUGCACUAACUGGUCUGAGGGGGGCGCAGGAGCGCUGGCACUGGCCGAAGCUGUUCAGAGAGCAUCAAAACAACCUGGACAAUUCAGGUUCCUCUAUGACCCACAGAUUCCAGCUGCUGAUAAGUUAAGGACUGUGGCACAAAAGAUGUAUGGUGUAAAAGAUAUCGUGCUGUCUCCAAAAGCAAAAGAAAAGCUUGCACUUUAUACAAAACAGGGCUUUGGGAAUUUGCCAGUUUGCAUAGCUAAGACACCCCUGUCCUUGAGUAAUGACCCCAUGCUGAAGGGAGUGCCCACCAACUUCAUGCUGCCCAUAACUGAUAUCAGGGCUAAUGCUGGAGCAGGUUUCCUCUGUUGUCUGACUGAAUCGACAAAUACAGAAAUGGAUGAUCCCAUGUGGCCCUGUUUCCAUGGCAACAACCUUUACAGUGACAGCAAGUAGCGCAAUGGUUACUUGCUAAAAUGGGAAAGCUGAAAUUGGUUUAAUUAAUGGUCAAUCAAACUUUUAUUAACUGGAAAGAAAAAGUUUGCUUUUUACCUUACACCUACAAAUAGUCUUAAUUCUAGCUUUAUAUGAUCAAAAACAUUGUUUUACAAUAAGUACUGUACAACUGGUUUUCAUUUAAAACAUAUAAAAACAUAUGUAAAAACAAUGAAUUAUGUAUUUUUCACUGUAUUAAGUGUACAUCGGUAACCUAACAAAUAUUGUUGCUCUGUAUUUUAGGAAUUCACACCAGAUCUCAGUUAUUAUGCUGUGCUUCUUGAUCCAUAUGAUAUUUUUAGCCAUGAUUGCGUUUCAAUUGUCUGUCGGUGUUUUUCUUAUCAGACUGUUUACGCUGACGUUUCCCAGUAUUAUUGAAAGCCACAUUUGAUUUUAUAGACACUGAUUCUAUGAGAUAGCGUAAUGUUUAUAUGUUUACUUUAUUUGCAAUCUUAUCUGACUCAAAUAAAAUCUUGGCUUAUCCUUUAAUGAAGUUUCCAGUUGCUAUAGAUACUAAGCUGCCAACCUGAUUGUAGACUAUAAUUAGAUAAUUGUAUAUUUGUUCAGCUUGUUAGUCCAGUUUAUUUUUAGCCUCUUCUUCAAUACAUGUUACCCAGCACCCAUUGCUGCCGUCCAGUAGUCAUUGAUCACAGUCAAUGUGUUCCUUACAGUUAUCUGAUGCUGUAUGACUGGGAAAGCAUUCUUUUUUAUGGGAAAAAAAACACAUAUUUUGCUGAUAUUGAAUACGAGUUUACUAUAGAAGUCAAUGUUUUGGGGUCCUAUUUUAACAAAUGAUUGCCAUCUUGUUUUUAAUGUUUUGAUUUGGUUUAAAAUGUUAUUACGUUUAUACAAAAACAUGUUAAACACCUCCAUAUAAUUAGCCUAAAAUAAAAGGUGUUAUCAUA